GACUCCACCUCGUGCCAUUUAGCAACAGAUGAGCACCGCUGCAUGUCCAUUUGAUUCGGACACGGUCCAGCAUCGUUCUCACCGGGCAGCACUAACCGGAACACUCCUUGACUGGGUGAUGUUUGUGGGGGUUUCGGUGCCUCCCUUCUCCCGGCCUCCACCGUAGCUUCUUCUUCCUCCGACCCCGCGAGGGGGCUGCUUGUUUCGGGCUGCGAGUUUCUCCUCUUCGCCGCUGCUGCCAUGGAUGGACUGUGGAUGGUGCCUCUGCUGCUGUUCCCUCUCCUGAUGUGGACCAGCACCACCUUUGUUUUUUAUUUCAAAAAGUUCUUCUACGUGGCCUGGAUGAUGUUUCUGGCCCUGUUGGGGAUCCCCUUGUGUUUGUUGAAAAGCGGAGGCAGAGACAUAGAAAACAUGAGGAUCAUCCGUUUCAUGGUUAUCCAUGUCAAGUACUUACUGGGUCUUCGAAUUGAAGUGAGUGGCUGGGAACAUCUGCAGACUGAAGGUCCAUAUGUUAUCAUCUCCAACCACCAGAGCUCUUUGGAUGUUUUGGGCCUGAUGGAGGUUUUACCCGACCGCUGUACCACAAUUGCCAAGAAGGAACUGGUUUACGCUGGGACGGUAGGCCUCAUCUGCUGGCUGGGCGGCAUCGUUUUCAUCAACCGUAAGAAGACGAGUGACGCCAAGAGUAUCAUGGCCGAUGCUGCUAAAACCAUGCUGGACGAGCAGAUCCGGCUGUGGGUCUUCCCAGAGGGAACUCGUAACCAGAACGGCGACCUGCUGCCCUUCAAAAAAGGUGCUUUUCACCUGGCAGUACAGGCACAAGUUCCCAUCAUACCUGUAGUUUUCUCCUCCUACAACAACUUCUACCUUCGGAAAGAAAAGCAGUUCAGAUCAGGGACCAUUAAGUUAAAGAUCCUUCCAAAGAUUGAGACAAAAGGGAUGACGGUGGACGAUGUGUCGUCUCUCUCAGACAAGUCCUUCAGCCUGAUGCGCUCCGCCUUCCUGGAGAUCUCCGACUCCGUCACCCAGAGCAACGGGCCCUCAAGGCACUGAACGUCUGCCGCCGUCGAGCCUCUUUUUCUGCCCCCGUCUGAGAAACGACUACCCGCCCGCCCCCACCCUGCUUUUCCCAGGUUACCUGGCCAGGAAGCAACAUGGAACAGGUCUCUUCCUGUCUAGUUGACGCCUGGACCUGUGAGCACAGUCAGUCCCGACCCUCAGCGCUGCUCCGCGAGUGGAGUGACGGACGACGAGCCGAACUGCUGCAUGCCUUUUAGAUGGCUCUGUCCACCUUCUCUGUUGCUUUAUGCUCUGGCUUUGUUAUUGUUCUGCUUUCUAAGCAGUUUGUCUUUUUUUAUUUUUAUAAAUCUUCAUCUGCCUUCUGUUCAGCUGAUUUAAUUUGAGCAGGUUUAUUCUUUCUGUCCAUAAGUGUCACUGCAUAUUAAUGUUUCCCCCUCAUGAUGCCUUAGUUUCAGUGACGUAUGGACACACUUAUUUAAAGAACCCGGUCUCCUUCCUUUGGUCAUUAUUAGCUGUCCUUCCUGCGGUCUUUUUUGCCUCAAAGCAGACGGAGCUACGUGGAGCGGUGGACCGAGUGGAGCUUCUGCUCAAACGUGGACUUUAUGAAUUGAACUCCGUAUCCAUCAUCGCUCUGCAGCUUAGUGACCCGUAGCUUAGCCAUGUCAGAAACGGUUAAUGAAAGGUGUGCUGUUGUUGUUUUUCCCACUAAAAGCUUUUCAGUUUCGCUGACCGACUUUCACCACGAAGCAGCAGGUCUCUUCUAACUCGGCUCUGUUUUUUUAUUUUCACACAGAUUUGUUGUUUCGGAUGCUUUAAACUUAAAGAAUCUGUAAAAUGUGUCAAACAAACCCAAAGGUUUCCAGACCAUUUCAGCAUCACUGUUCCAAAGUUCAGUGUGUUGUCACGAUGAGGACUGUCUGAUUGUUGCUCACUGAUACAGGACUUAUUGAUAAGAGGCUGGGAGGGGCUGAUUGAGUCAACCAUUUACUAAUUAUUAUCAACCAGAACAUGAAAAUAUGUUCCUAAAAAGGUUGAGCAAGGUAAAGUGUUUCUUCUUGAUUUUAUUCAUCUAAAGUUGGAAAAACAAAAGGUCUGCUUCAGCUCGUUUAAGAAUGAUUAACCUCUAGUGAAAGUUUGAGGUUAUUUAAUGAGUUGUGACAUAUUUUGUUCUAAAGGGAUGAUCGUAUUGAGGUUGGUGUUCUGUCAAAUAGUUAUCAGCAGUUUCUUAACUAAUAUCAGUCGGAGAGCACGUACAGUGAAAACAGUGCAAAAGUCUCUCACCAGGCUAGGCUAAUGGUUAGCCAAUCAAAGGCCGGUUUCCUGUAAUGCAUCUUGAUACGAGGUUAAAGUUUGCUCCAGUCUGACCUGUACGUUCAGCAGCUUCAAGCAGACAUUAGGACAUAUAUAAUAUUUUAUAUAUCAUCAUUUUUAGGAGAUUUGUUUUAAAAAGUCUGCCGUUUUCAUCACUUCCUUCUCUAUGACUGAUGACAACUGAUACUAUUGAACAGAACACGGCCUCAAAAGUGACUCGAUUGUUUUUUUUAAUAAUCACAACAUGAAAAUCUUGUUGAAUAAGUUAAAUUUUUUGGCAGCUGUUGGGUCUCUGAUUUCAUUAUUUUAUUAUAUAUUUUUAGUUCAUUUAAGGUUAUGAUUUAUCACCAUGAUGUUAUUUCAUAAUUGGUGAAGAAACGAACCUCUGAAGCUCACCCCGGUCCUGGUUUAGCUGACGGCUGCGUUCAAACAGUGUUGGAGGGUGAGGAGCAGGAUAUUCUCUCUGUAGAGGAAGUCACGUGUUCUUCAAAAGAUCUAAUCCAGAACUUGGGUUUUGAGCAUUAAAGUUAUAUUUAGACUGAGUCCUUUAAUUUAACUACUUAUUAAAUCUGUUAAUCGCUGAAUGCAGCUUUAGUUUUAGAGAUUCCUACUUUAAAGUCAACGUCACAAUGGCUUUUGUGUUUAACACUAAGUAUUGAACUACUAAAUAACUAAACAAUUUUUAUUUCAGUUUGUUUUUGCCUUUUUUUUUUGGUAAUCUAUGAAAGAUUAUUUAACUUCUACAGUAAGUUGUGUCCAAAUGUUGAUGAAGCACUCGACCAAAUUGACUUCUUUCAAAAAUAUGAUUUAAAUAUUUCAAAUGUCCAGUUAAUUUAUUCCUUGUUUUUGUUAUUUUGUAAUAAAAAGCCCUGGUUUGUGAAUUAGUGUCUCAGCUCAGCACCUGUUGUUUCACCAAGUGUUUAACAUGGAAAUUCUCCCCUAACUUUAUUAAAGCACUUUUCAUGUUUAUUUCAAGACACUUUUUUUUUUUCAGAUUUACUUUUGAACCAAAGUGUAAUUUAGAUGGAUGACAGAAACACUGACUGUUCAUAAAUGCUCGUUAACGUUUCAGGUCAUAACUAAACCCAGUAGCAGUCUUCAUUUAAUUUGUUCCGGGGAAAUAUGAAUGCCAUGCGUCAAAACGAAUAAAUUUUUUUUUCUUA